GUCAAAGGGAUAGGAAUUUUAAUAUCAAACGUUAGGAAAGCCACACGGUAGAAUAUCAUAUUUUUCAUGCCGAGAUGCAGCGCUUGCUUCGGGGAAUCCGUACCAUUCACCUGGCAUCCCUUCUCCGAACCGGAGGAGGCGUCCAAAUGGAUGCCUGUGUGAUGCGCGAAAAGCUGAAGUUCGAGUUCUCGGAGGACAACCAGCGCAGGGUGAAGGCCCUGCUCGCCUGGUAUCCGGAGGCCGAGUGGAAGGGAGCCUUGCUCCCGCUCCUGGACAUUGCCCAGCGCCAGCAGGGAUGGCUUUCGAUCAGCGCCGUUCACGCCGUGGCGGAGAUCAUAAAAAUCGAGCCGAUGAAGGCCUUCGAGGCGGCCCAGUUCUACACCAUGUUCUUCAUGAAGCCACGCGGUAAAUACGUGGUCAGUGUCUGCACCUCGACACCCUGCAAAUUGCGUGGUGGCGACGAGAUCUUUGAAGCCUGCAAGAAGACGUUGAAUUUGGAGCACGGUCAGACUACGCCGGAUAUGCAGUUCACCCUGAAGGAGGACAGCUGCAUGGGCGCCUGUGUAAAUGCCCCGGUUCUGGCCGUCAAUGACGACAUGUACGAGGACCUGGAUGAGCAGAGUCUGGACCACAUCCUGGCGGAUCUGCGGUGUGACAAGCUGCCGCCGGCGGGUCCCCAAAAUGGGAGAUAUGCCAGCGAGCCGAAGGGAGGACCCACCACCCUGAAGAUCCAGCCACCGCCGCCCGGCUUCAUGAUGCAGGAACUGCCAGAUCCGAAGACCAAGAAAUGCCCAUAGCCAUCGAUUAAGUCUUAAAGCAAUAAAUUCCGCCUGCCAUUGGGCGAGCAA